UAGCGAGAGUCGUGCGGUAUACUUUAUCGAUGAGUCCGCGGUCACACUGACUGUUUUCCGUACAAAUUGAGCCCAACCCACUCCAAAAAAAGAAAAAGAAAUAAAACGGAAGUACUAGCAGCCAGAAUUACAAUAAAUUGAGUUUUCCACAAAAUGCAAACCAUCAAGUGUGUGGUCGUUGGCGACGGAGCUGUAGGUAAGACCUGCCUGCUCAUCUCCUACACAACCAACAAAUUUCCAUCGGAAUAUGUGCCAACUGUCUUUGACAAUUAUGCGGUGACGGUUAUGAUUGGCGGCGAGCCCUACACACUGGGAUUGUUCGAUACGGCAGGCCAGGAGGAUUAUGAUAGGCUCCGGCCAUUGUCCUAUCCACAGACAGAUGUCUUUCUCGUAUGCUUCUCGGUGGUCAGUCCCAGUUCAUUUGAGAAUGUUAAGGAGAAGUGGGUUCCUGAGAUUACGCACCAUUGCCAGAAGACGCCAUUCCUGCUGGUGGGCACACAGAUCGAUUUGCGCGACGAGACCAGCACACUGGAGAAGCUGGCUAAGAACAAGCAGAAGCCCAUAACAAUGGAGCAGGGCGAGAAGCUGGCCAAAGAGCUGAAGGCCGUCAAAUAUGUCGAGUGUUCGGCUCUAACACAAAAGGGUCUGAAAAAUGUCUUCGAUGAGGCCAUACUGGCCGCCCUGGAGCCACCAGAACCAACCAAGAAAAGGAAGUGCAAAUUCUUAUAAUUCUUUUUUUUCCUCUCUCUCUCUCUCUCUCUCUCUUUCGCUCUUUCGUCCCAUAUAUGUAUGUCUUUGCUUUCGUUAUUUAUCCACAUCACAGGGGAUACCCUGCUCUACGUCCCUUCUUAAAGACAACUCCUUCCGAAGAAAUUGUUUAAAGUUUUUAUUUUAGAAUUUCUACGAAUUCUAUUCUCUAGUACUUCGGAUGGUUUCAUUCAUUCGCAUUUUCGAUUAUUUUAUUGGGUUGUUGGCUUAGUUUUAACAAACGGAAAGCUGCUGUUUUUAUUUUAUUAUUUUGAAACUCCAGUCUGAAGAAAGAUACUAAUCUAUUUUAACUAUGGAUAAAAGCUUCCGCGCCAGCCCCAGCAAUGGAAUCAAAUAUUAAAUCAAAAAUUGAAUUCACCCGACCAGGGCAAGAGCCAGAAGUCUAGGCGGGUCGGGCACCACUCCUCAUGCUCCAUUUCUGCACCCACUAAAGUGCUUUUAUUUCUCUAAUUAAGUAAAGAAAGCAAAGAUGAUAAAACACAAUAACAGUAUAGCGAAACAAAUUAUUUAUAUAUAACUUUAUAUAUAUACAACAACAAAUCGUAAGUGAAAAAACGAAA